AUGCGGGCUUUCGUCAUAGUGUUGUUGUUGAGCCUGAUAGCAUUCGCUGCGGCUGGUAAUUUGGGUGGCGGCGGUGGUGGCUGGCAAGGAGGUGGUGGUAGAGGUGGCAAAGGUAGUGGUGGCGGAGGAUAUGGCGGUGGCGGACUCAGUGGAGGCGGAUAUGGCGGUGGUGGACUCAGUGGAGGCGGAUAUAGCGGUGGCGGUAGCAGAGGACGUGGAGGCGGUGGCGGUUACGGUGGAAGCGGAGGCUUUGGCGGAAAAGGCGGCGGUGGUGGAUAUGGUGGUUCCAGAGGUGGCGGUAGUGGGGGCUACGGUGGAAGUGGAGGCUUUGGAGGAAAAGGUGGUGGUGGUGGUGGUAGAGGUGGUUAUGGUGGCGGAAGCUUUGGUGGCGGUCAUGGUGGUGGAGCUGGUGGAUACGGAGGUGGUGGCUUUGGUGGCGGCGGCGGCGGUAAAGGGUGGUAA